AUGUGGACUUCAUUCCACCUUCGUCCCGGCACAAGUGGUCCACUUCUCCUUCUGGUGACCAUCUUCGUAGUCAUCACCAUCAGCAGCAGCAUCGUCUUCGCCGCCGACGACCAGCCCUGCAAGGCCACCCGCGACUGUACCCUGGUGAGCGGCAGCGUCUGCGCCGACGACGGCUACUGCAAGUGCAAGGCCGGCGAGGACUCGGUCAAAAGCAAGUGCAGCCCCCACCCGUGCAAGGCCGACGACAACUGCGCCGACGUCAACUUCUACAAGGACAAAAACUUUGUCUGCGACACCGCCGCCGGCCACUGCGUCUGCGACCUGAAGACCAAUGACACUGGCCUGCCCACCCAUGACAACGUCUGGCCAGCACCGCAGUCAAUGUCUAUGACGGAGGACUACCACCUGGUCCAUUCUGACAGCUUCCGCAUCAUCACUGAAUCGAGUUGCGACAUAGUCACCACCGCCAUCAAGCGCUACACCACCUCGCGUCUCUUUGUCGAGGACUGCAGCAAACUGAAUCCCGCCUUUAAAGGAAAGUUUUUCAUUCCCCACCGACUCGACCACUCGGCUGACCCGAAAAACAAGGGCCUGCUGCAAAAUGUCACGCUGAAGACCCUCACCGCCGACUGUCCCCGUUGGCCGCAAAUGGACAGCCUGGUGGAAAAGUAUUCGAUUGUCGUCGAUGAACACGGCGCAACCAUUACCGGGCAAACUGUUUGGGGGGCAAUCCGCGGCCUGGAAACCAUCAGUCAGCUGCUGGUCCACACCGGAAGAGGCGAGUGGGCGUUGAAUUUUGUGAAAGUCGAUGACUUCCCCCGCUUCGGCCACCGCGGUCUGCUGAUUGACAGUGCCCGGCAUUUUCUGCCAAUGGACUCCAUCAUUGCCACACUGGACGCUAUGGAGAUGAACAAGAUGAACGUUCUCCACUGGCACAUUGUCGAUGACCAGAGCUUUCCCUUUGAGUCAAAAAGUUAUCCCGAUCUGGCAAAGAAGGGCGCCUUUGAGCCGAUUAGUCACGUCUACACUGAGGCCGAUGUCACAAAGGUUCUGGAGGAGGCGAGAAACCGAGGCAUUCGAGUGCUCUCCGAAUUUGACACUCCCGGUCACACCCUCUCUUGGGGAAAGAGCCAGAAGGACAUUCUCACCGAGUGCUACGGCCAGGACGGGAAACCCAAUGGCGUUUGGGGCCCAAUAAACCCAACGCACGACUCUGUCUAUCCUUUCCUGCAAAAGCUUUUUGCCGAGAUUGCCCAACGUUUUCCUGACCAGUACCUCCAUUUGGGCGGCGAUGAAGUCAACUUUGACUGCUGGGCCUCAAAUCCCGAAAUCAAACAGUUCAUGACUGCUCAUCGCAUGGGCACCGACUACGGUCACCUGGAGACCUACUACAUCCAAAAACUGAUGGACAUUGUCGCCGGCCUCAACAAGAGCUACAUCGUCUGGCAGGAAGUUUUUGACAAUAAUGGCACGCUAAAGGAGGACACCGUGGUGCACGUUUGGCUGCCGUGGGGCGCCAACGCCGGCGACAGUUGGAAGGCGGAGAUGGAGAAGGUGGUCGGGCGAGGCUUCCACGCCAUUCUCUCCAGUCCCUGGUACGUCGACAUUAUCAGCUAUGGCCACGACUGGACGAGGUACUACGAGGUGGAGCCAAUGGCCUUCAACGCCACCGAGGAGGCAAAAAAGCUGGUUCUCGGCGGGGAGGCCUGCCUCUGGGGAGAGUACAUUAACGGGGCGAAUGUCAUUGGCAGGGCUUGGCCCAGAACGUCUGCAGUUGCUGAACGGUUAUGGAGUUCCGCCUCGGUAAACAAGGCCGCCCAGGCGAAGAAGCGCUUCUACGCGACCACCUGUCGGCUGAUGCUUCAAGGGUUGAGGGUAGAGCCCCAGGACGGGCAGGAGGGCGAGUACUGUCAGUGUGAUGUGGCCCUCUAG